AUGUCUAUACUUGUAGUUUGUGAAAUGCAAACAUCUCGAAAUUUUGACAACAAUCUAAUCUAUAAGUUUCGAUCACUUUUAGAAGAAAAUGGUAAACUCGAGGACAUUAAUGAGGAAAAAAAUGUGAAUAGUUAUUGUACCGAAGACGGUAAACUAGGAAAAGCGUGCAUCGAAAAUGCCAGGACUGCAUUUUACAACUUAAAAACCCUUUUUUUGCCACUUUUAGGGGUGACCCAGGAAAGGUUUGAAGAAAUGCUUGAAACAUUACCUAAAGAGUUGGAAGAUAAUAAAUCCUAUUUUGACAUAGCUCGUGUUUAUGGGCGUAAGAAGGAAAAUGUUUGA